GCAUUGCGAAUUGAAUGUGACUUUUCCGCUAAUAAUUUCACGAGCGCAAAUCCAAUAUCAACAUCUUCGAGGUGUGCUACCGAUCGACAAUUCUACCCAUCCAACACCACAUUCGCACCCAGACACAUCCAUAACAAUGUCGACUGCCGAACUUGCCUCGUCGUACGCGGCGCUCAUUCUCGCCGAUGACGGUGUUGAGAUCACUGCCGACAAGCUACAAACCUUGAUCAAGGCUGCCAAGAUCGUUGAUGUCGAGCCUAUCUGGACACAACUCUUCUCCAAGGCUCUCGAGGGCAAGGACGUAAAGGACCUGCUAUCGAACGUUGGCUCCGGCGGUGCCGCCGCUGCUGGUGGCCCUGCUGCCGCCGGCGGUGGUGCUGGUGCUGCUGCCGAGGAGACCAAGGAAGAGGAGAAGGAAGAGGAGAAGGAAGAGUCGGACGAGGACAUGGGUUUCGGUCUUUUCGAUUAAACACGUUCCGCGAUGACGAAUACUCACCUUCCCUUUGUACUUUCACUGCAUGGUUCUGGGGUUCCAUACACCAUUGGUGUGGCGUGAAGGGGGCAAUAUUAGGAUGCCAUGGGCGACCUUUACCCUGUCAUAGGUUAAUAUGACAAUUGGCUUUGCAGAUGAAGCCAUGAGAGACGAAUUUACAAGUCUACUACACUGUGAA